UAGACUUUUUAUAUACCUCACAGAAUGUACUUUAAUGUAAUUAAGUGAAAAGUUUAAUCUGGUGUUUUACACACAGGAAUGAAAAUGAACAGACUGCUUGUUGUGAGUUUGGGACUCCUGUGUAUCCUACAAGCUGCUCUCAACAUUUCCCUGCGUCUCACUCUCUUUUCAGAGCAAACCUCCCUGACUAAAGAGAGAGACGAGUUGAAGAGAAUCAUCUUUGAUCUGGAGGCCAGUAGCAAAAACCUGACUGAGGAGAGAGAUGAGCUGAAGAGAACUGUGAAGGAUGUUUCAGAGCAAAACUCCCUGACUGAAGAACGAGACCAGUUGAAGAGAAUCAACCUUGGAUUUGACGGGGAGCCAGUGAAGUUGCUGAAGAACAGGAGUGAUGUGGUUAAUGGAGGGGGUUCUGGUGAUGAUGCGGGCGGCAGAGUUCUGAACCAUUUGAAGUCUGUGGAUGGAUUUGAGAGGGAGACCAAAGAGAAGGGAGUUGCAGUAGUCAAUGCGGGAAGUGACCAGGGUGUGAACAAAAAUGACGGUGGUCUUAGGGUUGAGGGACGGGUGGAGGUGGUUGAUGUUGAUGGUUAUUUAGAAUACAUAGCAAGUUUUCGUAAGAAGGUGUGGAUUGGACUCACUGAUCGAGAGACAGAGGGCAGAUGGAAGUGGGUCGAUGGGACCCCGCUGACCACAAGGUUCACUCAUUAUUUCACUUUUCUAUUGUCAAGCUACUGGUACUGGUAUGAGCCAAAUGGAAGUUCGAAGCUGGACGAAGACUGCGCAGAAAUAAUUGUCAGAGAUGUAAGAAACAGCUGGAAUGAUUACCAUUGCAGUAAUAUUACAAAUGCAUGGAUAUGUGAGAAGAGAUUGGCAUAACUCCACAUCUAGUCCCACAAAACGAUGAUGAAAAAAACAGGAACAAGUUUCAUUUCUCAUUCUCAGCUUAAAUUCAAAUGUGGAGGUCCAGGUGGGGGAGGGGUUGGACUCUCACGUAGAUAUCUGGAGUCACGUCGUGUCUCAGAUUUAGGAUUUAUGUUCACUUUUUAAAAACUGUAAUUGCAAUGCCUAAAUGUGUAUUUUUUCUGCUUUUGCGAUUUUAAUAUUGGCUGCCUGCUUUUAGAUUCUAUUAUUUCAAUCAUAGCAACUUUAAAUCAUGUCAUAGUGUUGUGUCUUAGAGAUUAAAUUAUUUGUAUUUUCUAUUCAAAAUCAAUGACUCAUAAGUCAUAUGAGAAAUUAAUGUUGCAACAAGAGCAGUUCUCAAAUUAUAGAGGGAAGUGCAAUUUUGUACCUUAACCACAUCUUCUCCCUUCUAUGUAAACUACGCUUUCAAUGUUCUCCUAUUUUUUAUUUUAUUAAAACAAGAAUUCAGAGUUUGUUGUAAACAAGUAAUGUCAGUACUGGAUGAUUAUGUAAGUUAACUGCAGGGGUUUAUUUUACAGUGGAUAUUGGUGAUAAUGUCAUUUUGAAUGUGGUCAAACUGUAAGUGAUAUUUUGAAAAAUUGUCAAACUAAUAACUAAGUACAGAGAUAACCAGUUCAGGUGCAA